AUGACUCCUUUGUUAAGGCUUUUGCGGUUAUGUGAUUCAGAUGAAAAACCUGCAUUGGGUUAUGUUUAUGAGGGAAUGUAUCGGGCAAGAAGAGGGGUAAAGGAAUUAUUUAAGAAGAAGAAAGAAUUAUACAAGCCUUAUACUGACAUAAUUGAUCGUCGUUGGGAUAAAAUGCUAAGAAAAAGUAUUCAUUAUGCAGCGUAUUGGUUAAAUCCAGUUUUUCAGUAUAAUCAUGAGAAUGUUUGUUCUAAGAGAGAGGUGUUUCAAGGUGUUCUUGAUAUGGUUGAGAAUAAUUUUUCCGGUACAAGCAUUUUAGAUCUUACACUAUCUCUUGGCAAGUUUCGUGACAGUGAAGGUACUUUUGGUAGAUAUAGUGCCAUUGCUUCUCGUACUAGUACACGUCCAGAUGAGUGGUGGAAGUUAUUUGGCGAAGAUACUCUAAUAUUACAAAAGUUUGCUAUUAGAAUACUAAGUCAAACCGCAUCGUCUUCCGGUUGUGAACGAAAUUGGAGUGUCUUUGAAAGGAUUCACACAAAAAAGAGGAAUAGGUUGGAACAUCAAAGACUAAAUGAUCUUCUAUUUACUCAAGAAAAAGAAAUUGGCCUUGUUUUUAAUAAUGAUGAAGCUGAUAGUGAAUUUCAUUUAUUAAGCGAUCGUGAGAUUGAUGCAUAUAACACUCCAAUGUCUCAAGAUCCAUGA